ACUCAUCUUCUUCACACCCAUCCCCUCUCGAAAUCUACUUCUUGGUCUUGACUCUUGAGAAAUACUCAAACUCUCCACAUCUCUUCAUUCUAGUUUCUACUUCUUCAUUUUUGGAGGCGUAAGCGUAAUGUCAUAUUUUUGGAGAUUUAUUGCGUUGAUUUGGUUUGUGAGCUUGGUUUCUCGAGCAGCGGUUUUGCCUCCUCAUGAAGUGGAAUCAUUAAGGGUGAUAGCAAGGAGGUUAGGGAAAGUGGAUUGGGAUUUCGACGUGAAUCCAUGCAGCGGGUCAUCGGGUUGGGCGACCCAGAAUUCGACUCAUGGCCAUGAAAAUGCAGUCACUUGCAAUUGCACAUUUGACAAUAACACUACUUGCCAUGUUAUAAGCAUAGUUCUUAAGGCCCAAAAUCUUAAUGGAUCGCUGCCCCGCGAAUUCGUCAGACUCUCAUUCCUUCAAGAGAUAGAUCUCACUUGGAACUACCUCAACGGCACCAUCCCUCCAGAAUGGGGUUCCAUGAAGCUUGUAAUCAUUUCUCUUUUUGGAAACCGUGUAACUGGUUCGUUACCAAAAGAGCUCGCCAACAUCACUACGCUUCAACAACUGGUUUUGGAUGACAAUCAGUUGUCUGGAACUAUACCUCCCGAGUUUGGGAAUUUUCCUCAAAUACAAAGACUAGUAUUUACCUCGAACAAUCUAACUGGAGAAUUGCCCGCAAGUCUAGCAAAAUUGACUACUUUGAUGGACUUUCGUGUUAGUGGUAACAACUUCGUAGGAAGCAUACCGAGUUUUAUCGAGAACUGGACAAAUAUGGAAAUACUAAGGAUCGAGGCUAGCGGUCUAGCUGGGCCAAUCCCUUCUGGUAUUGCUUCCUUAACCAAAAUGACUGACCUGAGAAUCAGCGAUUUGAAUGGGGACGAUUCAAGUUUACCAUAUCUUAGGUCAUUGAAAACGAUAACGACGCUUAUAUUGAGAAGUUGCAACAUUGUCGGGACAUUGCCAUUGUAUAUCGGAAAUAUGACAACACUUCGAAUCUUGGAUCUAAGUUUCAACAAAUUAACCGGACCAUUUCCCGAGAGCUUUAUUGGCCUAUCAAAGGCACACUACGUCUAUUUAACUGGGAAUUCCCUAAGUGGGACCCUGCCAGCUUGGAUGCUGAAAGACGGGGACAUCAUUGACUUGUCUUACAACAAUCUCACGUCUGGAAGUUUACCAGCAGAGUGUCAGCAGCGUAGUCUAAACUUGUUUGCUAGCUCGAAAGGAAGCACCAAUGGUGCUGUUUCCUGCUUAAGAAGCAGUUGUGAACGACAGUAUUACUCUCUACGCAUAAACUGUGGAGGAAGACAAGAAGCGGAUGAUAAAGGAUUUAGCUAUGACGAUGAUGCAAAUUUGGGUGGGGCUUCAAAUUUCUUCCUGAGUAGGACUAACUGGGGAUUCAGCAGCACUGGUCACUUCUUGGAUGACGGUAUCAAUAUGGACUCCUACACCAUUCAAAACACCUCAAUCAUUUUCGGAAAGAACCAGAAGCUGUACACGGAUGCACGCCUUUCUCCCCUCUCGUUGACUUACUAUGGAUUUUGUUUGUUAAAUGGAAACUACACAGUAAACCUUCACUUUGCGGAGAUCAUGUUUACUGAUGAUAGAAAGUAUAGUAGCCUCGGAAGGCGUAUAUUUGAUGUCUACAUUCAGGGAAAGCUGGUGCUGAAGGAUUUCAACAUCGAACUUGAAGCAGGAGGAGUGAACAAGCCAAUCACAAAAACCUUCACUGCAGUUGUUACUGAUAAUACCUUGGACAUUCGCUUCUAUUGGGCUGGAAAGGGUACUCGUAGCAUUCCUGCUAUGGGAGUCUAUGGUCCUCUUAUUUCAGCCAUAUCCGUCGAUCCUAACUUUAAGCCCCCAUCUUUAUCAGGAGAUGGAAGCAGUAUUUCUGGAGGUGCUAUAGCUAGCAUACUGAUAGGAGUUCUUUUCACAGUCAUUUUUGUUCCGGGUGUUCUCUGGUGGAAGGGCUGUUUUAAACGUAAAGAUUUGAUGCAUGAUGAUUUGAAGGGUUUAGACCUUCGCACCGGAUCAUUUACCUUAAGGCAAAUAAAAGCAGCCACAAACAACUUCGAUUCUGCUAAUAAGAUCGGUGAAGGUGGUUUUGGUCCUGUAUUCAAGGGUGUUUUAUUAGACGGUAGAGUCAUUGCUGUGAAACAGCUUUCUUCCAAAUCAGCUCAAGGGAACCGUGAAUUUGUAAAUGAACUAGGCCUGAUUUCUGCUAUACAACAUACCAAUCUUGUUAAGCUGUACGGAUGCUGCAUCGAAAGCAACCAGUUGUUGCUUGUGUAUGAGUAUUUGGAAAACAACAGCCUUGCUCGUGCACUAUUUGGCCCAAAAGAGCAGCAAUUGCAUUUGGACUGGCCAACGAGGCACAAGAUCUGCAUUGGUAUAGCAAGAGGUUUGGCUUACCUCCACGAGGAGUCACGUCUGAAAAUUGUCCAUCGCGAUAUCAAGGCUACUAAUGUGCUUCUUGACAAGAACCUAAUCCCUAAAAUUUCUGAUUUUGGGCUCGCGAAGCUGGAUGCAGAAGACGAUACCCACAUAAGCACGCGCAUUGCUGGAACUUAUGGAUACAUGGCACCCGAAUAUGCAAUGCGGGGAUAUUUGACAGAUAAAGCGGACGUCUACAGCUUCGGAGUCGUUGUUUUGGAAAUUGUCAGUGGGAGGAGCAACAGCAGCAGCAGUAGCAGGCCUAAUGAGGAUAGCUUUUAUCUUCUUGAUUGGGCUAAUUCCUUGAAGGUGAGUGGGAACUUGUUGAAGCUAGUCGACCGGAGAUUAGAGUCGAGCUUCAACGAGGAAGAGAUAGUUAGAGCUAUCAAUGUGGCGCUCAUUUGCACGAAUGUUGUAGCUGCAGUAAGGCCAAGUAUGUCAUCCGUAGUGAGCUUACUCGAGGGGAAAGAUGGCGUUCCAGAGUUCGUGUCUGAGUCGAGCAUCUCAGUUGAUAAGGCGAGACUCGAUGAAGUGGAAAUGGGUACAUUUAAUGAUGAGGAUUUCUCCGAGGAUGUGCCGCUGAGUGGUUCUUCAACUUCUGCUGCUGAUCUCUAUCCAAUUGCGCCGGAUACAAACUAUUGGGAGAAGAGAGGUUUUUAGAGUGAUUAAUGUCGGGGUUAAAAGUCUUGGGUUCAAGCAGACCAUAACGCAGCCUUUAAAUUUUUAUAUAUUUACCCGUAAAAAAGAAAA